AUGUUGAAUAAUCCUGUUGCAAGAGUCCUUAAUGUGACUAGAUCCAAUCCGAUUCCCAAAUGGAGAUGCCCUGAGCCGGAUGUGAUUAAGCUGAAUUUUGAUGCAUCAGUUAACGUUGCGCUGGGAAGUGUGGGUAUCGGAAUAAUGGCGAGGUCUCAUACGGGAGAAUGCGUAGGUUGGUCGUCACAUUUCGUGUUGCAAAGUCUUGACCCAACGUCGGCGGAAGCUAAAGCUGCAUAUUAUGCGAUGAUCUUUGCACGAGAGAAAGGUUGGCGAAAAAUUAUUGUUGAAGGUGACUCAAGUACUGUAAUAUCAUCGAUUAAUGGCGCCACAGAAGAUCGAUCAAUGCAUGGGACCAUCAUUGCAGAUAUUCUUGUUGCUAAGGGCUGGUUUGAUGGGUUCUCUACUAGGCAUAUUAAUAGAAAAGGAAAUCAAGUUGCUCAUGAAGUAGCUCGACUUUCACUUAAGGGUCCAAAUCUUUUGCCGAAUCUUCCUUUGGUGAUUCAAAAUAUUGUAAACUUUGAAGCUGAAGAUUAA